UCCACCUUGCAAGCGUUAAUUAAUGGCUUCCCUCUUCUUUUCUCCGGCGAUCCCUGCUGACGGAAUCGUUCCAGCCAUCUCCGGCACGCACUUUUUCGAUGAAGUCCACCGUAUGAUCACUCAAUUCUCCUCCCUCUCCACCCUCGAGCUCAAGGGCGCUGACCUCACCGUCGCCCAAGUCUCCGCCGUCGCCCGACGCUCUGACGUCGGCGUCGCCCUCGACGCCGGCACUGCGCGAGACCGCGUCGACCGCAGCGCCUCCUGGGUCGCUGACAACCCCGAGCGCCUCGCCGCUGGCUUCGGCACCGCUUCGCACCGCCGCACUCAGCGGACCGCCGACCUCCAGACUGAGCUCGUCCGCUUCCUCAACGCCGGCGUCGUCCGCAAGGAGUCGUCCCUUCCUUCCGGCUACGCCAAGGCUUCGAUGCUCGUGAGGGCCAACACCCUGAUGCAGGGCUACUCCGGCAUCCGCUGGGAGCUGCUGGAGGCCAUCGCGAAGCUGAUCGACCGCAACCUGAUCCCCAAGCUUCCUCUGCGAGGCUCCAUCACCGCCUCCGGCGACCUACUCCCGCUCGCGUACAUCGCCGGCGCGCUCACCGGGCGGAAGAACGUGCGGGUGGUCACCCUUGAAGGCGACGAGAUUACGGCCACUGAGGCACUGAAGCGCGUCGGAAUCGGCGAGCCGUUCGACCUCAAGGCGAAGGAGGGGCUCGCACUCGUCAACGGCACAGCCGUCGGGUCCGCCGUGGCUGCCACCGUGUGUUACGACGCCAACAUCCUCGCCUUGCUCUCGGUGAUCCUCUCGGCGAUGUUCUGCGAGGCGAUGCAGGGGAACCCAGAGUUCACCGACCCGCUGACGCACGAGCUGAAGGGGCAUCCAGGGCAGAUCGAGUCGGCAGCGAUCAUGAGGUUUUUGCUCGACGGCACGACGGAGCUCGGACGACCGACGAAGCUGAAGCAAGACAGGUACGCGCUGCGGACUUCGCCUCAAUGGCUGGGACCUCAAAUCGAGGUGAUCCGCGCGGCGACACAAUCGAUCGAGAGAGAGAUUAACUCGGUGAACGACAACCCCCUCAUCGACGUCGACCGCGGCGUUGUCCUCUACGGUGGCAAUUUCCAAGGAACCCCCAUCGGAGUCUCCAUGGACAACAUCCGCAUCGCGCUCGCCGCGAUCGGAAAGCUCGUUUUCGCCCAAUUCACUGAGCUCGUCGGCGACGAAACCAACAACGGUCUGCCGGCGAAUCUGAGCGCCGGUGCCGACCCCAGCCUCGACUACGGCCUGAAAGGGGCGGAGAUCGCGAUGGCGGCCUACUGCUCGGAGCUGCAGCACCUGGCCAACCCGGUGACGCCCCAUGCGCAGAGCGCGGAGCAGCACAACCAAGACGUCAACUCCUUGGGGCUCAUCUCGGCGAGAAAGAGCGCGGAGGCGGUGGAGAUCUUGAAGUUGAUGAUGGCGACGUACAUGGUCGCACUGUGCCAAGCGAUCGACGUGAGGGCAUUGGGGGAGAGCUUGAGAGAGGCCGUGAAGCAGGCGGUGGUGCGAUCGGCGAGGAAAACCCUGAAGGGGUUCUGCGAGGAAGAGCUGAUCUGCGCGAUCGAGAGGCGCUCUGUGUUCUCCUACAUCGACGACGCCUCCGGCAAGUUGGUGCCGGAGCUGAGGGCGGCGGUGGUGGAGAAGUCGCUGCGUCAGGGGAAGGAGGGAGAUCGGUCGGCGUUCGAGGUGAUCCUGGAGUUCGAGGAGGAGACGAGCAGCGCGCUGAGAGAAGACACCGUGAGGGCAAGGGAGAGGUUUGGGAGAAGGGAGUUGGUGGCCGACGGGAGGAGGACGUGGCCGGUGUACGAGUUCGUGAGGGAGGAGUUGGGAACGGCGAUUUUGACGGGGGAGGAGGUGAGUCCGGCGGAGCACAUAGAGAAGGUGUAUGAGGCGAUGGAGGAGGAGAAGAUCGGAAAGGUGAUCCUCAAGUGCCUAAGGGAGUGGCGAGGGGCGCCGCCGAACAGGAAACCGGCGAGCUCAGAUUAGAACAAAAAAACGAAAUUGAAAUAUUUCGAAUUGAGAGAUCUAAAUAAAAACUAAACAGAAGUCUAAUUUUUAAUUCGGUUUGGUUCGACCAUUAAGAUAAACAUAAUUUUACCAUGACAAAAAGGCUCAACUCAAAUGCCUUGGUUUUUUUUUUCUUUUUAUUUUGUUUAUGAACAUGUCAAUGAUUCUAACUCAAUUAGCACAUUCUCAUAAAUCAGAACGAACAAAUAGAGUUCAAAAUCUCCACUCGAAAUUAUGAUCAUGGGGAUGAGACAACCAACAAUUGGCCUAACAAUCGAAUCUACUUCAUCCCUGAUCCCUGGCCUAAAGAACUAUCAUUUUGAGGAAUUGAAUAAAUAAAUAGAAGAGCACCUUUGAAAUGAAUGAAUUUAUAUCAUAUUAACAACUACUAGAAUAAGCAUAGUAGUUCUAUUGCCGCCCCCAGGGGCUGGAUCAGUUGGUAAGUGGCUGGGAUGUUUGCAUCAUGACGCAACGGUUCGAGUGUCGACGGUUGCAAUGUGGGAUAAUAUCCCCGUCUGCCGACUUAAAGCCUCGAACCCCAGCUACUUGUCAACCCAGCACUCACCCUGAUUAACCCUCCUCCUACAUCACCGUGGGACAGGCGUAGGGAGCCGUCGGGGCGACGGAUUCCGCCUUUUUUUUGCACCAUAGUAGUUCUAUUGCCAUAAAAUAGAACUUCCUGAAAUAUAAACAAUUUUACUUCACUAAUAAUAAGACACGUAAGAUAACACUCUAGUUAGACAAAAAAAGAAACACUUGAUAUAACAAAUUGACAUC